AUGCAGAGAGAUAAUCCAAAUAAUAUGAAACGAAUAAGAAGAAAAAUGAUGUCACUAAAUAUUCCAACAAGACCAUUUUUAUUAACAGAAAACACAGGAUCAAUUAUUCCAACAUUAAGUGAGAUUAUUUUAGAUUCUUUCGGUAGAUUUGAACAAAACUUUUCAUCUCAACAAGAACAGACACCAAUUGCUCUUCCACCUGUUUUAGCAAGUAAAUUAAUUUAUCGAAUAUCAAAUAAUCCAAAUGCAAGUGAAUCAGAUUUAAAUAUUAUUCUUUUCAGAAUACUUUCUUCAGGAACACCAUUACAAGUAAUUGAUCUUCAUCAUACCCAUUUAUUAACUAAAUUUACCUGUAUGAAUUUAUCACAACUUUGUAAUAAUGUUUCUAUUACUACACUUAAUAUUUCAUAUGCAACUGGAAUUUCAUCAGAAUCAUUAAAAGUAUUAUUUAGGUCAUUUAAACAAUUAAAAUAUUUAAAUACUGAAGCAUGUGUUGGAUUUGAUGAUAAUGCAUUUAUUUCAUUAUUAACUAUUCAUCCACCACUUGAAGUAAUAGUUAUUUCUAAUUGUCCAAAAAUUAGUGAUAAAAGUGUUAUUGAAUUAAAGAAUAUUAAUUCAUUAAUAUCAUUUAAAGCUAAUAAUAUUCAAUUAACAAUUUCUAGUAUUUCAGUACUUCAUGGACUUAAAGAAAUAGAGUUAAUGGGAAAUAAUUGUUUAGAUGAUCAAUGUUUAUUAAAAAUAUCACAACUCAAUCCUGAUUUAACAAGAAUAUGUUUUGGAAAUAGUAGAUUAAGUGAUGAAGCACUUCAAAGACUUCUUCAACAAUUAAAUGGAAAUUUAAUUUCAUUAAAUCUUUCAGGAUGUACAAGAGCUGGACCAAUGACAUUAGCACAAUUAUUUAAUUCACAAUUUAAAUUAAAGUAUUUAAAUCUUGCUAAUUGUUUUGGAAUUAAUGGAGAUUCAAUUUUAGAGUCAUACCAUCCUAUGUUUCGUUCAACUCUCUUUCGUUGGUUAGAAGAAAUAGAAUAUCUUAAUAUUUCUGGUUGUAUUCGUCUUUCAGAAGAAUUUAUUACUACAACGCUUAUUGCAUCUCCACAAUUAAGAAGUUUGAUAUUAGAUGAUACUGCUGUCACAGAUCAAUGUUUACAAGAAUUUAUUCAAUCUUCUAUUACUUAUAAUCAAACUGUUAGAAGAUCAAUUCAUACACCAGGAAUGAAAGUUCAUCCUUUAACUUUAUCACUUAAAAGAUGUAUUAGAUUAACUGAUAAUGCAUAUACAAAUCUUUUUCAAACAAGAGGUGUAGAUUUGAUAUCACUUAAUCUUUCUUUUUGUAAUAGUUUAUCUAGUUUAUCAUUAAAUGUAUUUAGUUUAUAUUCAAAUACAUUAACAAGUUUUUAUGCAUCAAAUAAUGAUAUGAUUUCAGAAUAUAGUUGGUUAAAAUUUAUUGCUUCAUGUCCACAAUUAAGAGUAUUAUUUUUAUCAAAUAAUAGAGGAAUAACAAAUGAAGUUAUUAAUCAAAUUAAAAUAUCUUGUCCUUUAAUCUCCCAUUUAGAUAUUUCUUCAUGUCUUUCUAUUAAUCAAUUUGUUAUUCCAAUAUUAUGUAAAAUGCAAUCAUUAGAAUAUAUUGAUAUUUCUUUUGAUGUAAUGAUUAAUGAAGAUGGUAUUAUUUCACUUGUAAAUAGUUUAACUAGACUUUCUACUUUUUGUAUGCAAGGAAUUGCUUUUAAACAAAGUUAUUUAUUCACUGAAGAAGCUCAAUGGUUAAAUUCUUUAAAACUUAAUUUUAUUCCAAUGUGUGGUGAUGAUGUAAUGAGAAAUAUUGCUUCUUAUUGUCCAUUAUUAACUUCUGUUGAACUUCGUAUGUGUAGUGGAGUAACUGAUAAUGGAAUUGAAAUGUUAUUACAAAAAUGUACUAAAAUAUCUCAUCUUGUUCUUGGUGGAACUUCUAUUUCUCAAUUUAAAAUGAUGGAACUUGUUGGAAGAGGUUUGUUUAUUGCUUAA